AUGUCUCUUGAAGUUAUCUCCAAAGUGCUCUCGCAGGGUCAUCUCCUCGCCACGCAUAGCUGGGAGUUUGGCACAUUCUCCGAAGCCUUGUUAGAAUGGCACGAUCCGCACCUGUCUGUGUUCGCCGCAUCUCCCUUUCCCGAUGGUAAAAUCCCGGUGGUGCAAGUCGACCAAGUCGAGUCGCUUUCGUAUGCUCAGCCACACAUCUGGACCAAUUCGACAACACUCGUCGACGGUGAUGGUGCCGCAGGAGACCCGGCAUCUCUAGCUAUAUCUGCUAUCUUGAUCGGUCAAACUCAAUCACCUUUUCUAUCGGCAGCACAGCGCCAGAUUGACCAUCUUCUCACCACCGUGCCACGGUGGUCUAACGGUGCCAUCAGCCACCGCGAGGACUACGCCGAGCUCUGGGCAGAUUUCAUAUACAUGGUCCCUCCCGCGCUAGCGUAUUGGGCCAUCCAAACUGCAAACGAGACGCUGCUGCGCGUCGCUAUCGAACAGUGUCUCCUAUACCGUGAUGUGCUCAUAGUCCCUCAACCUGCCGACGCGGCAGGGCUCUGGCAUCACAUCAUUGGACCUCAAAACAAGGACCUGGGAAUCUGGAGCACGGGAAACGCGUGGGCUGCGGCGGGAAUUGCACAUGUUCUCGCAACGUUGAUAAAAUCACCGUGGGCUAGUGCGCUGGCGUCCAAACGUGAGAGCUUGACGGCUGCUAUACGGAGUAUACUGGACACGGCCAUCACGCUCGACAACGCGGAGCCUAAGGAACCGCUACUACGGAACUAUCUCAACGACACCACUUGGUUCGGCGAGCUGAGCGGCACAACAUUGCUCGCGGCGACGACGUACCGCAUGGCGGCUCUAGUUCCGGAGGCUUUUGGGGAGAGUUACGUGGCAUGGGCAGAUGAAAAGAGGGGUGAGGCGGUGAGAAGGAUCAACGAGGAUGGGUUGCUAAGUCCAGUGAUCAACCCCCUGGAUUGGAACGACAGGACGCCCGGGACGGCGAGUCCCGAAGCGCAGAGCUUCGCCGUGUUGAUGUUUGCUGCAUACCGGGAUUCCCGGAACGCGUCAUCAGAUUAG